AUGGCCUAUGAUCACAACGUGGCAAUAUGCAGCCCCCUGUGUUAUACCAUGAUAAUGAACAAGAAGGUGUGUGUCCUGCUGGCAGCCACUUCCUGGGCUAUCGGCAUCCCAGCCCAGGUAGCGAAGACCAGUUUGAUAUUCAUCUUACCCUUCUGUAGCUCCAGAGAGAUCAACCAUUUCUUCUGUGACCCAGCCCCUCUGCUGCUGCUGGCCUGUGCUGACACCUCCAUGAAUGAAACCUUGACUUACAUCAUGGUCUCUUUCUUUGGAAUGGUGCCCUUUGCCCUGAUCCUGUUGUCCUACAUCUGGAUCAUUGCCAUCAUUCUCAUGAUGCCAUCAGCUGAGGGCAAGAGGAAAACCUUCCCCACCUGUUCCUCCCACCUCAUCAUUGUGGCUUUAUUCUAUGGUUCUGGCAUCCUCCUUUAUUUACAACCCAGAUCCAGUGAAUUUCCAGAUGGCAGUAAACUUAUCUCCCUGUUUUACACUGUUUUGCAUGCCAUGUUGAACCCUUUUAUCUACAGCCUGAGGAACAGGGAUAUCCACAGGGCCCUGAAGAGAAAUAUGUGGAACAAAAUAGUUCCUCGCUAG